UCGCUGGACCGUGUCAUGGACAUGAAACGCUACCAGAAGAUCAACCAUUUCCCUGGAAUGAGUGAGAUCUGCAGGAAAGACUUGCUGGCCAGAAACUUGAACCGCAUGCUAAAGCUCUUCCCCAAGGAGUACAACAUCUUCCCCAGGACCUGGUGUCUCCCAGCAGACUACAGUGACUUCCAGGCUUACUCCAGGGCCAAAAAACACAAGACGUACAUCUGCAAGCCAGACUCGGGUUGCCAGGGCCGUGGGAUCUUCAUCACCAAGUCCAGCAAGGACAUCCGGCCUGGCGAGCACAUGAUCUGCCAGGUUUAUGUCUCCAGGCCAUUCAUCAUUGACGGGUUUAAGUUUGACCUGCGCAUCUAUGUGCUGGUGACAUCCUGCGACCCCUUCCGCAUCUUUCUGUACAACGAGGGGCUGGCGCGCUUCUGCACCACUACGUACAGCGAGCCCGCCAACAGCAACAUGGACGAUGUUUGCAUGCACCUGACGAACUACGCCAUCAACAAACACAGCGAGAACUUUGUCCGCGACGAUGACACUGGGAGCAAACGGAAGCUGUCCACCCUCAAGAAGCACCUUGAGUCCACGCACUGCGACACGGCGAAGCUGUGGAACGACAUUGAGGACGUGAUCAUCAAGACGCUGAUAUCGGCCCACCCCAUCCUGAAGCACAAUUACCACACCUGCUUCCCUAACCACGCGGUUGGCAGCGCCUGCUUCGAGAUCCUGGGGUUCGACGUGCUGCUAGACCACCGGCUGAAGCCCUGGCUGCUGGAGGUGAACCACUCCCCCAGCUUCACCACUGACUCCCGGCUGGACCGGGAGGUGAAGGAUGGGCUGCUGUACGACACGCUGGUCCUCAUCAACCUGGGUGCCUGCGACCGCCGCAAGAUCACAGAGGAGGAGAGGCGGCGCGUCAAAGAGAGGCUGCAGCAGACGCGCUCCAGAGAGGCCAGGAGCGAGGAGUUACGGCAGUCGCAGGCUGCCAGCAUGGAGCAGAUGCUGAAGUAUGAGGCCAAGCACCUGGGUGGAUUCCGCAGGAUCUUCCCCCGGGAGGGAUCGGAGAAGUACGACAAAUACUUCAAGCACAGCAGCUCCCUCUUCCAAGAGACCGUCGCCUCCAAGGCCAGGGAGGAGUGCGCAAGGCAGCAGCUGCAGGAGCUGCGCUUGAAGAGGGAGCUGAAGGAAAGGGACCCAAAAGGGAACCGCAGGCGUGACCUCCAGGGGGAGUCCGCAGGAGAGCGGGCCAAACCACGGCGGGUUCACACGCGCACUGCCCACACUAACCCCACUUACAGCCCCAUGUUACAAAAUCUAAGUAGUGUGCCCACGGAAACAGACCUGUUAGAUGAGGAAGAAGAGGAGGAGCGGGUGAACAGCCUGCUCCAGCGGGCCAGUCUGCUGCGGGAUUUGGGUGUGGUGGAUCAGGUGCAUCAGCUGUUGAAGGGUGCCCCUCCACUGAAAGAUGACACAGUGCCCCCCCAUGGCCAGACUGACUCACAGCAGCACCCACAAGACCAGGCUGUCAUGAUGAAAGAGAGGGAGGGGGAGGGCAAUUGCAUAAUUCACAAGCUGGACUCCUCAUUGGACUUUGCCAGGAGGCCGAGAGACCCGUGCCCAGCAAUCCAGCAGCAAGUGACCAAUGGGGCCAAGCUCAGCCUACUAUAUGAACGACCCCAGCCGGUACAUCAGCGCUGGCCCUGGCUGGGACUGGACAGGAUCCACCAGGAGCCCUUGCAGUCCGAAUCUGUGGAUGAGGUGCACUGUGUCCUGGGAGACAGGUCUGUGGAUGCGGAAUAUCAGGGGCCCGGGGAACUGAGGAGAUCCAGUAGUGCUCAGCGCAUAUCCAGGACCAUCAGGUCCUCCUUCAGGGCAGCAUGCCGUCAGGGCAGCAUGAGUUCGUCCUUCACAGAGGCUCGAAUGCGCGCUCACAUACCCAACGCCACGGAGACGCCCUUCCGUCGGCCAUUGUGCACGCACAUGUCCACUGACCAUAAAGCCCUGCAGAGCCUGUUUGUGGUCUCCACUCCAGCCCCCCUCAUCCAGCGCCCGGAUUUCUCUCACCCUGUCCGCAAGAGCCACCAAAAAACCCCCGCAGCCCAAAGUGGAGCGCUGGGAGGUGUAGCCCCUGCGCCUCCCAGCAAAUCGCAUCGGCUGAUGGACAACGAGAACACGCUGUCCUCCCAAACCGACAAGCCUUAUAUUCUGAGUAUGAUCUAA